GCAGUAUCGUGCGCACGGGGUAGGUGUCGGACCUGCUGGGGUGGGAUGGGUGGGGCACAGCAUGUGGGCGAGUGGGAUACCCCAUGCCCCCACUUGCCCACAUACAAAACCCACUUGAGUUCUCCACCACGUCGAGGUCACCAACCUUCUUCACUUAACCUGCUCUGCAACCAAAACCGCGAGCUCUGCCGUCGCUAAGAGCGCACGAACAUGAAGUUUUUGGAAUUACCCGAUUUAGAGGCGAUCAACAGUUCGCUGAACUUUGACGCAGACGACUGUCGCGUCAGAGGAAAAUGUGAGAUUUAUACGACCAAGAGUACGGUGGCCGACAAAAAGCUGUACAAGACGCUAGAGACGCGGUACCAGGAGGACAUGAUGGCCCUCUCAACAAGCAAGUCUCCCGAAUUCGUCAACAGCUGGACGCAGCCGAGUCCAUUCGGAAACCUUGACCAAUCGUCGACUCGUCGCACGUUCAUGUUCAUACUAGCGACUUUAAACGCUUCUCACCCUGACCACGACUUUAGCAGUCUUCAACCCAACGACUUCUACAAGGAACGCUUCCUUUCGCAUGUCAUCGAGUCGAUCAACACGACUCUGAGCAACCUGGGUCGUCGGUUCAGCGCAAAUGGCAUGUGGGAGGUGAUCGACAGACACAUUGUGCUCUCAGACUGUGAUAUUUACUCGUAUACGCCCGACAGUGAUAGUGACCCGUACGGCGAUGGUGCUCUCAUUUGGAGCCAGUCGUACUUUUUCUUCAACCGCAACAUGAAACGCAUCCUUUAUAUCUCUCUGCACGGCUUCCGAAUGCCAAUCGACGGUCAUGGUCCCGGUGACGAGGAGGCGUUCUCCACGCCCGGUCUCGUCGAGUCUGACUCUGAGGAUGGUUACAACGAUGAGUGGAUCGCCAACAUGGAUGAUUGAACAAGAAUGAAGGAAAUGAGCCGACUGCAUGCCUCUCUUUUUACCUAACAACCAUUGUUUCUCCCUCUCUCUCUCUCUCUCUUCCUCCCGUUGUGUGUGUUCCACUUGCCGUCCUUCCUUUGCGUGUCAUAGACGACUGUUGCCAUGAUUACCUGUGCAAAACUAUCUUUGCAUCUUUAUGUCUUUCUCGUUUACCUUCCCCUUGAUAACCUGUAUCUGUUUACGGUGCCGUUUUUUUUUUAAAGUUCCCCCUCCUCGUGACCCUUUUCCUUGCACUUUGAUUCAGUAAUUUCCGUCGUCGUUUUCUUUCUAUUUGAAGAGAAGCAGGUAAUAUUCCGCGUGUGUAAGUGCGCUCUGCGCCCGUGUACACGCACAGCUCUCUUCUCUUCAAUUAAUAACGGUUCUUCAAAGCUUUUUGGAGAGGAUAGUACUUCCAGGUACAAUCCUUUCUCAAAAACGCUUUGAGAUGCCUUUUUGCGUUAUUUGUUUUUGUUUUUUUAGACUAAUGCAACGUUCCAACGUACACCAUUAUGUCGUUUGCCUUUCUCUUUCGUUUAGACCGUUAUACUCGACAAUUCCUCCUCCAAAUCUCUCUCUCUCUCUCUUGUAUGCUCUUCCUGUCGUCUCCCUUCCUCGCUUGCUAUGGCUGCUGCACAUGCGCAACUUUAGUCGGGACAAGACUUUCAUUCUGUACAGGCGAUAUUGCUAAUAUAGAGUAAAUAAAUAAAUACAUGAAUUAAAAGAACACAAGGAAAACGAA